CCAAGCUGCAUCCAGAGCUACUAGCGAACCCCCAACAUCCAAGGCUUUAGACUGUGUGACGAGCCUGUAGACUCAUUGGUAUAACUAGAUUCCUCUGCCCUCUCUUUUGUGUGUUGCAAUUCUUCCGUUUCAAUGGCGUUACUGCAUCGACUUGCUGCUUCCUCGGCCUAUCGCUGCGCUCCCGGUAUAUCGUCGAUUCUAGUCAGAAGAGCUUCCACCAUGGCCCCCAAGCUCAGAGAUCCGUCUCUGUUGAAGAAGGAUGUUUGCUAUGUCAAUGGCGCGUGGGUGACUGCCAAGUCGGGCAAGACCUUUGAGGUCACCGAUCCCGCCACCGGCGAAGUCAUCACAACAUGCCCCGAAUUCACCACCGCCGAUACUGAGUCCGCCAUCACCGCUGCCGCCGACGCCUUCAAGACCUUCCGAAAUCUGACCGGCCGCGAGCGCGCGAAGCUGCUGCGCAAGUGGUACGACCUCGCCGUGGAGAACACAGAAGAUAUUGCCCAGCUUAUUACCUGGGAGAACGGAAAGCCUCUCGCAGAUGCCAGAGGUGAGGCCGCCUACGCUGCCAACUUCUUCGAGUGGUUCAGCGAGGAGGCUCCCCGCACGUACGGCGACGUCAUUCCGGCCAGCGUACCAGGAAACCGAGUAUGGACUACCAAAGAGCCCGUUGGUGUUUGCGGUCUGAUCACUCCAUGGAAUUUCCCUGCGGCUAUGAUCACGAGAAAGAUUGGCCCGGCUCUUGCAGCGGGAUGCACCGUCGUGUGCAAGGCGCCCUCUGAGACCCCCCUCACAGCCCUUGCGCUUGCUGAGCUGGCUCACCGAGCUGGAAUUCCCAAGGGCGUUGUCAACAUCGUGACGACAAAUGAUAACACCGUCGCCAUCGGCGAGCAACUGACGACAAACCCUACAAUCAAGAAGGUUUCCUUUACUGGCUCCACCAACGUCGGCAAACUCCUGAUGAAGCAGUCAUCCAGCACUCUCAAGAAGCUGUCACUGGAGCUCGGUGGAAACUCUCCCUUUAUCGUGUUUGACGAUGCUGAUAUCGACGCUGCUGUCGCGGGCGCCAUUGCUUCCAAGUUCCGAUCUUCAGGACAGACCUGCGUGUGCGCCAACAGAAUCUAUAUUCAGGAGGGCAUCUACGAAGAAUUCGUGGCCAAGUUUGUCGAAAAGGUCAAGGCAUUCAAGAUUGGCAACGGCUUCGCCGAGGGUACCACUCACGGACCUCUCAUCCACGACCGCGCCAUCGGCAAGGUUGACUUCCACGUCCAAGACGCCAUCAAGAAGGGCGCCAAGCUCCUCGUCGGUGGCCAGAAGCUGCCUGAUGUUGGAUCCAACUUUUACGACAUGACUGUCCUGCGUGACAUGAACGCCGAUAUGGCUAUUGCCUCUGAGGAGACAUUUGGUCCCGUUGCGGGCCUCUUCAAAUUCAAGACAGAGGCAGAGGUUGUCAAGCUGGCGAAUUCUUCCGAGGUUGGCCUGGCUGGCUACUUUUACGCUCGUGACCUGGAGCGAGUUCACCGUGUUGCUGAAGCUCUGGAGGUUGGCAUGAUUGGUAUCAACACCGGUAUCAUCUCCGACCCUGUCUCACCUUUCGGAGGUGUCAAGGAGAGUGGUUUCGGUAGAGAAGGAUCAAAAUACGGUAUUGCAGAGUACCAGAUUACAAAGAUGAUGACCUAUGUAAUGCAUCGCAGGCGCAAUGGCAAUUUUAUGGCCUCUUUUUGCCAAACACGUCUCUACCUUUCCUCUGCAUCGCCAGCCUCUCGCCUCUCAUCAACAAGCUUCAAACAUACCAACAAAGCUCCUUGCGCCGCUUCACUCGCUCGUCCAUUCAGCCACUCCUCAUCUCUCCUCAAAAAGCGCAAAAUCGCUCCCGCAAGCAACAGCCCCGAGGCUUCUUCCUCAUCAUCACCACCACCACGCUCCUCCUCCUCCAACAAAGCCGCCGACACCACCCACCCCAACCCCGAAGACCCCCUCGACUUCUCCUCCAUAAUUGCCGCAUACGCCCCCAUCGACAUCCACUUCAAAACUCAGCUCCAAGCCGUCCUCCACGGCGGCCGCUUCAACCCCGACGCCCUCGGCGCCCUCCCCGUCGCCCUCAAAGACGAUGACGGCUCCAAAGUCACCUUUCCCCUGCACGAGCUCGCCCAGAUCGUGCCCCGCUCCGGUCGCAUCAUCUCCCUCCUCGUAAACGACCGCGAGUACCUCAAGCCCAUCAUGUCCGCCGUCCAGUCCAGCAAGGACUUCAACCAGCAGCCCCAGCGCUCCGACGACAACGAGCUCGAGCUCCUGCUCAAGGUCGAGAUGGAGCGCAAGGACGACCUCGUGCGCCGCGUCAAGGAGGCGUGCCAGGGUUGGAGGGAUAGGGUGCGCCAGGCCCGGACCAAGCACGAGAAGGCGCUCAAGGAGUGGAAGAAGAAUGGCACCGUGCUGCCGGAUGUAGUGAGGAAGGCGGACAAGGAGCUGCAAAAGGUGCAGGAUAAGAAGAUGAAGGAGAUUGAUGGCGAGGAGGCGCAAGUGAUUAAGCAGCUUGAUCGCAAUUGA